CUUUAUUUUACAUUUAUUAAUUAAAAAUGUGUUUUAAUAUAUAAUAUAAGGUUAUAUAAAAUGUCCUACAUAUAAUGAGGUUUAAAAACCUUCUUUACUGUUUCAGGGGCUUACGCUUUAAAUCUAAUUUAACGGAAUCCUCUAAUGACUUAAAACCAUCGCCUUUUAUUAAAAAGCUCAGAAGACGUUUCAUUCAUGAUUUCUAUUUUGAUAUCGAAGAUGAUUAUAAACGUUUAUCAAGAAGUAGUAAGAUUUCUUACUAUGCACUUGGAUUCUUCCUUCUAAUCCCCUCUGGACUUUCUUUAUUCUCACCUUCGAGUCCUGCCUACGUCAACUUACUAUCUCAUCAAUUCAAACUUUCUUCAAUGACUCUUUCUUGGAUUUCUUCAAGUUAUCUUGCUUUUAGCAUUUCUAAAUUUGGAAACACCUCACUCCUUGCAAACUCUAGGGGCUUUGUUGGACUAUUAUUCGCUGUCGUCGGAGUUACUGGAGCGCUCAUAAUUGGUGAUUAUUCCAUGAUUUCUGGUUUAUACACUCUUAUGAGCUGCUAUAUUUUACUUGGAUUAUACAAUUACAUUUUAACAAUUAACAAACUUCUCCCUAGGUGUAUUUUUCUACCUUCAAGUUCUUUGAUUCUUUUGAAUUUGUUAACCUCAAUCUGUAGUUUAAUAAAAUCGUACUCAGUUAAAUCUGACCUUACUACUUCCAACGAGGAGAUUAUUCUACGCUUUGAAUCUUCUCCGAGAUUUAAAAAAUCUUCAAAUUCACCUGAAUCUGGAGAGAAAUUACAAAACACUGUGAAUAAAUCGGAAUAAUAGCAAACUAAUCAAAUAUAAAUCGCAAUAAAAUAAAUCUGUAUAUCAUUUA